AAUCGCAUUAAGAACGAUGGUGCUAUUCAAAAUUCAAUUCUAAAACAAACGACUUUAAUGGAUAAAGGCACUGCAUAAAGCUUCUGACGAUUCGUUUACGGUGGAAUUAGGGUGUAUAAAAAUUUAAGAUAUUUUGGGAUUAUUUGUGGAGGAAGAAAGGCGAUGGGGAUUCUGGAAGAGCUUCGGUGGACCGCUAUGAAACUAGUGAACGUCGGAAAAUUUUAUGUCGACUCUACUGUCAAUGAGUCCUUUAAAGGUGGAAAGCAAGUCUAUGCAAACGUGAAGGAAAAGUUAAAGGGUCUACCCAUUUCACCCCAUUCUGAUGGGAAUAAAAGGCAAAAUUAUGUGGCAGUGGAAGAGAUGCAAGCUAAACUAGAGAAAAUGCAAGAAGACAUUGCUAACAUAAAGAGUUCUGAUGGGAAUAAGAAGCAAAAUUAUGUAGCGGCGGAGGACAAGCAAGCAAAACUGCAGAAAAUGCAAGAAGACGAGAAUGACAUAAAGGAGCAAAAUGAGAUCAUUCACAGAGCAAAACAAUUGGAACAUGUAAAACAGUUCCCUCAUGACCCUCUCAAGAGCUCAGUCACGGAGGUAACUGGUCGGAAAAAGAUUUUUAUUCGUUCCCGUCUGUAAAUAAGGUAAAUAUGUCAACCAAUGAUCAGAAGAGUUGUACUGAAUAUUGUUAAGUAGGAGUACGGUGAUGUCUUUAAAGACCUUUAUACAUAUGAAAUCAUAGGUUCAACA